AUGCCCCCUAAUACAACAAAUUCAAAGUCUACAGCAACGACAGCCAAUAGCGGCACAACUCAGAUGAAUUCCAAUAAUAAGUCUACUUCCACGCCUAAAACAUCAUCUCGACAAAGGAGAGCAACCUCUGCGUCAUCUUAUGUUUUUGCUCCUAGCUGGUUAACAAAUUUAACUAAUAAAUCUGGAUCCUCCACAACGGUGUUAAGUCCAGCUUAUUCACCGACAACUGAGGGAAAAUCCGUAAAGGAGGAGGUGAAGGGGUGGGGUACGUCAAAGAAGGAUGGACUUGGUAGUGUUCGGCAGGCUAAGGAAGGUUUAGGGAAAGAUGGUAGCACUUCUCUUAAUCGUUUAUCAGCUAAUGGGAUAUCUCCACUUUCAUCAACUCGAUCAAAGUCGCGAGAUUUUUCAAAUUCUCGCUCAUCUGUUUUAAAUGAAGCAGAAAAACGUGAGUUACCGAUUAAAGUACAUGGUCGAUCCCGUUCUGUCUCUCAAACUAGUCAACCUAUUUCAUCGUCGAGUUUUGAUAAGAAUUUUCCAACUUUAGCGAAGAAAAAGGAAUUUAAUUUGUCUGUAGACCUUCCAGCGAAGAAUGUUGAAAACAUUUGGGCAAAGUCGGACACAAAGUCAAAAUUACUUUCGCCCACUUCUACCACGCCUGGUACUGAGGAACCUACGAAAUUCUUUAUUCCUAAUAUGGAUAAUGAACCGGAAUUAGAGCGACGUAUGUCCUUGGUACCAAAGGUAGAAAGUGGUAAAUUAGAUGGGAAGAGAACCAAACACAUUAUGAAACGCAAAACUAGUCGGUCAUUGUCAGUAGAUAGCGUUGCUCGAGGUCUCAACGGAAGCUCGGUUUUUGGAUUUGGUAUUGGGAUUGGUAUAUCAAAUGGUCGUUCUCUUGGACAAACACAGUAUGCCAGACCUUACCUUAGAGAGACCGUGGCGACCAAACCCACAAACAAUCAGCCUCAAAGGCAAAGAUCGGCAUCCAUCUCAACAUCGAAGACAUCAACCGCGACAUCUCGUAUCAGUAAUUUUGGACAGUCAUCGAUAACGGGGAGGAGAUUAAGUGCGAGUGGUAAUUCAAAGUAUUUAUGGAGUAACACUACCAUGGGAAAAAUGGGAUAUUUUAAAAUUUUUCCUGAGGAGGAAGAAGAUGAAGAAGUACUCUUGAAUGAUCGAAAGGAAAAUGUUAAUCCAAUGAAUGAUUGUGAUCAUAUCGAAGAGGAGGAUGAGGAAGAAGUUGACAAUAUUAGUAGUGAAUUAUUAAUCAAAGAUAUAAGUGAUGAGAAAACGCCAGUUAUAGAUGUACAAAAUAAUCAUUACUCUGAUAUCUCAACAUCAUCAUCCAUUGAACGUGAGGAAAGAUUUCUUCUUCAAUUGGGAUGGAAAAAACCAUAUAAUGUAGGUGACGCCGAUACCGAUGAAUGGGCCAUUACAGAAGAAGAAAAACGAUGGUUUGUGAAUUUUGUCCGAACCUUGAACGGGUUUUCUGUUUUGGAAAAAAAUGAUGCCAGUAUCAGUGACGAAUUAUCUUAUAGUGAGAUUAAUCGAGCCAAGAAAAAAUGGGUUGCGAUAUUAAAAUAUAUGGAUACGAAUGGAGUUGUUAAAAAUUGA